GCUUGCUUUAAAGUGAAGGGAUCUUUGAACCCAGUUGACAUUGGUUCCUCUUGAUUCUUCUUCACACAAUUAAUUUCACAAUGGUGUCCCUCCCAAAUAUCCCACACCUACAGCAGUAUGGCACAACCAAGCAGCUCAUCGUCGACGGCAAACCGUUCCUCAUGCUGGGCGCAGAGCUGCAGAACUCGUCGCUAUCCUCCGCAGAAUACAUGAGCGAGGUGUGGCCCAAGAUGGUGACAACAAACAUCAACACUGUGCUUGGAGCGGUCACCUGGGAAAUGAUCGAGCCAGAAGAGGGGAGGUUUGAUUUCGAAGAGUUAGAUAAAGUAGUACUUGGGGCGAGAGAACAUGGGAUACAUCUUAUUCUGCUGUGGUUUGGCUCUUGGAAAAAUGGACGCUCGACUUACGCACCAGCCUGGGUGAAGACGAACCCGGAACGCUUUCCUCGCGCGGAGCUUCGUAAAGCUGGCGGCGUGCUCCAGAUCGCUGAUGUUCUCACGUUGUUUUCGGAGGAGAAUCUACAAGCGGACAUUACAGCUUUCCAAAAGCUGUUAGCACACAUUAAGACUAUCGACCAAGGUCACAACACAGUCCUCAUGGUGCAGGUUGAAAACGAACCUGGUCUGCUGUUCGACAGCCGGGACGGCAGCGAUCUAGCCAAUGCCGCGUUCGCAAGAACUGUGCCCUCGGAAUUGGUCGAGUUCUUUGACAAGGACUACGAUGGCCUACAUGCAGAUCUGAAGAAGAAUCUCGGGCAUUUCGCUGGUGCUAAACAGCAAUCGGGAAACUGGGAGAGCAUCUUCGGGAAGAGCGCGCAGACGGACGAGCUCUUCAUGGCCUACCACUACGCCACGUACAUCAACAAAGUGGCGGCUGCCGGAAAAGCGUCGUAUCCUUUGCCUCUCUACACAAACGUGUGGCAGAACUACGCCGCCGACGACAGCGACAAUGACUUCCCCGUCGUGGUAGGCGGCGGCGGAAAACCAGGGGACUAUCCCAGUGGCGGCGGUACGAGCAAUGUGCUGGACAUAUGGCUCCGUUUCGCCCCUUCCCUCGACUUCAUCGCGCCCGACAUCUAUCUCAACGACUACGCCUCCUCCUGCGCCAAAUACCGCCACAAAGACAAUCCCCUCUUCAUCCCAGAGCAGCGCCGCGACGAGUACGGAGCCCGCCGCAUCUGGAGCGCAUAUGGCUCCUUCCAGGCACUCUGCGCUAGUCCCUUUGGCAUCGAUACGCUUGAACCUGAGUCGAAUCCGUACACGAAGCACUACGCGCUGCUCAAGGACGUGGGCGCUAUCGUGCUCGAGGCGCAGCGGAGCCCGGAGUCCGUCACGGGGUUCUUCUUCGAUGAGCUGCCCACGGCGUGGAAGAAGGGCGAUCGGGACCCCGCAAAGCCCAUCGUGCGCACCUUUGGCGAGUGGACGCUCACCAUCUCCCGCUGCUUCGUCUUCGGCAAGCCAGGCGCAGGCUACGGCAUGGUGGUGCACCGCGGCGGCGGCCGCUUCCUGCUCAUCGGCCGGGGGUUCCAGGUCGAGGGCGCAAAGCCCGGGUCCAAGUUCAGCGGCAUUCUGCGCUUCGAGGAGAAGAGCGUUGCGGAUCGCGAGACCGGGGCGCUACGCACGGGCAGGGUGCUGGGCGGGGACGAGACGCGGAGCGGGCAGUUUGCGAUGAUGCCCGGCGAGGACCCGGAUUAUGGCGGGUUUCCGAUUGCAGUGACGAUCCCGGCGCGGACGGGGGUCGCGCAGGUCGAGUUCUACGCCCUGUAGCUGGGGUCGUCACAGAGCGCUGGAUCCCGCACGAGGGUAGAAUGAAAUGGAAACAGCUCUGCCUCCUCCACCUACUAUCCCUUACAUCUUCCUCGCACCGCCUCCCCUCCACCGCCUCCCCUCCACCGCCUCCUUCUUUCUCUCCCUAGUAAUGAUGCUAGUACAGACGGGGGUUGUACAAGUAGAGUGUUAUAUAUUCUUUCCAGGAUGGUCACAGUGCGCUGGAUACCACGCGAGGCUGGAGUAGAAACAGUGCAUCCUAGCUUCUGAUAACUUGGCUGUGUUCGCCUACGCCCGUUCCCUAGCGUAGCCCCUCGCCUCUCCCUUGUCUACUGGCCAUCUCUGCAUCUUCUGUCCUGCAACCUACCUUUUCC